AUACAAAAGCCUGCGGUCAUUUUACAUUUUCCUGUUAUCUUAUUUUCCCGCGCAUUUUUAAGAUGGCGCCGGUUGUUGUGAAGUGUGUGGUGUCUUACAGCUCGCAGGACUCUGUCCACAAGGUGGACAACCUGCUGACAGCCCAGGGAGGCAGCUGGAAACGCUGGCUGUGCGCCUCUGACGACAGGUCAGGGGUCAUGGAGGCAGAGUUACAGCUGGACAGGGCCUACCACAUCGGCUAUGUGGACAUCGGUAACUGUGGUUCAGCAUAUGUGGAGCUGCUUGUCGGACGGUCGUCCUGGAACCGCUCGCAGGAGUAUGUGACACUUCUGCCCGCAACGAUGUUCAUGAACCCCAUGGAGAGCAAAGCAGGAAAGAACAAGAUGGUUGUACGGAUGUUCAAUGAAAGUCUGUUGUCAGAAGAGGGGCGUAGUGAGAUGUGGGACCGUGUGCGUAUCAUCUGUCGUCAACCCUUCCGCAAGGACAUGCCGUUCGGACUGUCGUUUCUGAGACUGCGUACUCCUAACACAGAUGUUCCUACUAGCAGUCCCCAAAGUCCAAGAGUUGCGGUAUCUUCUGUCACAAAGGCAAUGCACAACAGCAGCUCCAGAAGAGAAAGUACUGCACCUCCCCAAACCCCAGGCACAGAAGCAAGUGUUUCCACAGAGUGGAAUGAGAGCAUAGAGAGUACAAAAAGCAGACUGCUGAAAAUGGCAGGGACGUCAGAGGAUGGUUCCGAGCACCUGGGGCGCAGUGCGAGGAUGGUGGUGGCAGCUGCCAGCAAACAGAAGAACAGACAAACCAAAGGGGACAGAACAGCAGAUACACCUGCUGGUGUAGUAAACCAGUUUGAAGUCCUGAAGUUUCUGGGAAGCCUGGAUUUCACAAAGAUGGACAUGGACAAUGUGAUGUACUCAGACCUUAAGACCCAGUACAAGCAGAUCCUUGGGCGUAAGCUGACUACAGAAGAGAAGCGUGUAUUCCUGCAGACAACCCAACAGUACCUGGAACAGUACUUCUCUCAAACCAAAGACUCAGCUGGGACCAAACAACAGGCAAAUGGUGGCUCCACCAAACAUCCAGGAAUAGAAGCACCGUCCAGUGAAGCUGUAUCAGUAUUGAAAGACACAUCGAAUAAAACCAACACACAACGGAAGAACACAGUAACUCCCAUGAAACUCCCCUCGACGGAGGUGACGCCCAAAAGAGGAAGGAAAAGAAAACAGCCCAGUUUGCCCCAGCCCCUGCCAACGACUGCAGCUGUAGAGGUGAACAAUGCAGACAGUGCAUUAACAAGCAGACAGCUCAGGGCAUCGUUUCUAGCCAGCAUUGUGGACAGGAGAGAUGGGAAUCAGCCAUGUGAGCAGAUUGAUGACAUAGCUGAGGCAAGCUGUAGCAAACCAACUCCCAAGAGGCGUGGAAGGAAGGCAACAUCUGCUGCUGGGUCGGCAAAGAAGAGAGCCAAGAGAUGUAACAGGAGUAUGUACCCUGUUGGUGACACACAAGUCAUGGAUGAGGAGCCGUCCUGUUCACAGAGUUCCUCUGGGAGUCAGCCGCACAGUGCAGAGGCUUCAGCGGUCUUGGCAGAGUGUCCAAUAUGUGAAGGAAAGUACCCUUCUUACAUCAUUGAGGCGCAUGCAUCAGAAUGUACUGGCGAUUCACCGGAUGACGACUUACCGAGUCCUUCCAAACCUUGUGGAUCUCGACACGAUGACUACUACAUGGCUCCUACAAGACUGGUGACCUGCCCCAUAUGUUCUGUGAGGUUUCCUCCAUCUGUUAUCCAGGACCAUGCAAACGCUUGUGCAGAUAGAGAUGUUAUAUGUAUGUCCUGAUGUGUGAAGACCACAGGAGGGAACUAAUACAAAUGUAUUGUGCCAAAAGUCAUAAGGCUACUUUGCCAACCUGUAGCUUUGUGUGUAUUCAGGACAACAGUAGUUGCUAUGCCAUGUAUGUAUGGCACUUUGAUAAUGUGGAAAUUUGGGAAUGAAAAUCUGCUCCCAAAAUGUACAUGCACAAUGGACAUGUACAUGGAUACGUAAAAUUAUGAUUUUUAGACCCUCUUCUUUUAUCUUUUUAAUUAGUUUUACUGAUAUUUAAUUUUCUAAUUUGAUUUGCAGAUUGGCUUGUACACUCAAUGCAGUGUAUUUGAAGUAAUAACCUAAUUGGUAAAGAUCUUUGUAUCGCCACCAAUUUUUGCACAUUUAUUUUAGUACAACCCCUGUCAUGUACAGUUGUAUAUUUCCAUUUGUUCUUGUUGGUCUUUGUAGACUUUUCCUUAACUGAUUUGUAACUUCACAGCAUUCUGUACAUAGAUUUCAGAUUGUUGCAUAUUCACACCUGUACAAUUUGUACAUUUUACUGAUAGUUAUUCAGAAUAUAUUUGCAUGCUCUGCCCU